GUGGCUGCGCGGCCUCCGCGCCCGCCCCGCCCGGUGCGACCGGGAGCGGCGGGGGAGCGAGCGGCGGGGGCCCGUGGCUCCCAGCCCUGGCACUGCCCGCACUGCCGGACCCAGCCCUGGUGCUGUUCAGGUGGUUCAGCUUCCGGGUGAGCAUGCGCCGCCAUGGCCGCGGGGCAGGAGGCCGCGGUGCCCCCGGGCCCGCCGCGCUGGAGCCCCGGCCGUGCCCGGCGCCCGGUGCCCGCUUGAGCUCGCCGAGGAGCCGCUGAGGAGCCGCCGAGCCUCGCCAUGCGCCCUUGGAACAUUUCAAUUGCCACGGGAUGUUUUGUGUUUCAUGCCCUGCGUGUUUCUAGAACCCUGCUGCUGCCCACAAAGGCCAUGGAGAAGAGGUUGGAAGCCAAACCCAGCAUCAGCACCCGGUUCCUGUCCCGAUACUGCCUGGGAAAAGCUGUGAGGGAGCUGGGAAUUCUGCAGCUGUUCUACCUGUGCACUUGCCUGUGUGCCUCGUGCUCCUCUGCAGAUGCAAAUUGGAACGGAUCUAAAUGUGAGCUGGGGAAGAUCCUGCUUGGUGGCCGUUUGAGAUUGUGGGCAGGUCACCAUUUGCAGCUUCUGGAAGGGUUCCAUUCUCUGAGCUCCUGUCAGACCACUUGCUGCCAGCGCCCCACCUGUGAUGCCUUUUGGUUCUUGGAAAAUAUGUGCAUCCAGGUGAACUGCACCGUGCCUGGCACGUGUCAGGCCAACAAGACUGGCUUUUCAGAUUCUGUUUUGGUGUUUUUAAAGAAAUCGAAAAGCACAGAGCACUUGUUAAACUUCCAUGUGGAGGGUGAUAUGAAGACUUGGAGUCACAAGUGGUUGGACUGGGACAUCCCUGUCCAGAGGAAGAAAAGACUGCGGAGAUCAUUCCAGAAGUGGAGGUUGGCAGGUAACAGGGUGCAGCUGCUGAGAAGGGAUCUGGCAGAGAACUCCAGAAGCAGCAGAGCAGAGGAAACAGAACACUUGAAGGAUCAGGUCCUGAGGCACUUAGUGGCAGACAGAAAUGCUCCUGAGAAAGAAAAUCAAAAGCAAGACUUGCUGAAAAAUGGACAGAAUUCAAGAGAACUGAACCCCAGAAGCCCACUCCCUCCUAAGAGCAAUAAUGUGAACAGGUCACAGGAUGCUGAUGGUGACUUGCCCCAGAUCCACACAGGAACAUCUGCACCAGAAUCAUCAGUGCUGGCUACGUUCUCCAGCCCUGUGGCACUGGACUUGACAGCUCCAGGGAAGACUGAGAAGCCUGGGCAGCCUGAUGAUGCCCACCCUCAGUUUCCCACAGCCAGCCCUGUGCCAGUAAAAAGCACAGCAAAGGCACAGGCAGCAACUUCUGUGCCCAGUGGAGCCCCCACAAAUGGCAGUGUUCCUACAGCCCAGAGCAGCACUGCUGCAGCCCCAAGCACUGCUGCCACCACUCCAGCUAUGAAGGAGCUGGUGGUUUCUGCUGGAGACAGUGUUGAAGUGACCCUGCCAAAGAAUGAAGUUCAGCUGAAUGCAUUUGUGCUCCCUGAACCACCACCUGGAACCACAUAUUCCUAUGAGUGGGAGUUGAUUACUCAUCCAAAAGACUACAGUGGAGUAAUGGCAGAGAAGCACUCCCAGACCCUGAAGUUGUCUAAGCUUACUGUUGGCCUGUACGAGUUCAAAGUCGUUGUGGAUGGGGAGAAUGCUCAUGGAGAGGGAUAUGUGAAUGUAACAGUGAAUCCAAAGCCCCGGGUGAAUCAGCCUCCUGUUGCCAUCGUGUCCCCACAGUUCCAGGAAAUCUCCCUGCCAACCAUUUCCACUCUUAUCGACGGCAGCAAAAGCACUGAUGAUGAUAAAAUUAUCAGCUACCACUGGGAAGAGCUGAAGGGUCCCCUGCGGGAGGAGAAGGUCUCCAGUGACACUCCCAUACUGACACUGACCAACCUGGUACCUGGGAAUUACACUUUCAGUCUAACAGUCGUGGACUCAGAUGGUGCCAGCAACUCCACCACUGCCAACCUGACUGUGAAGAAGGCAGUGGAUUAUCCUCCGGUGGCCAAUGCUGGCCCAAACCAGGUGAUCACCCUGCCCCAGAACUCCAUCACGCUCUACGGCAACCAGAGCACGGACGACCACAGCAUCGUCAGCUACGAGUGGCUGCUCAGCCCCAACAGCAAAGGGAAGGUGAUGGAGAUGCAGGGUGUGAGGACACCAGUCUUGCAGCUCUCUGCAAUGCAGGAAGGUGAUUACACCUACCAGCUCAUAGUGACUGAUUCUGCUGGGCACCAGUCCACUGCAGAGGUCACUGUGAUAGUCCAGCCAGAGAACAACAAGCCCCCAAAGGCAGAUGCUGGUCCAGAUAAAGAACUGACUCUUCCUGUGGACAGCACCACUCUAGAUGGCAGCAAGAGCUCAGAUGACCAGAAGAUAGUCUUCUAUCUUUGGGAAAAAACACGGUGUGUAUCACCUUCUGUGUGCUUGUAUCCUAGGAAAAAUAACCUGGUGGAGAUAAUUCUGGAUGUGAAUGUGAGCCAGCUGACGGAGCGGCAGAAGGGGAUGUUCAUCCGGCAGAUUGGGGUGCUGCUGGGAGUCCUGGACUCAGACAUCACCGUGCAAAAGAUCCAGCCAUACACUGAACAAAGCACGAAGAUGGUGUUCUUUGUGCAGAACCAGCCUCCCCAUCAGAUAUUCAAAGGACGAGAGGUGGCCUGGACGCUGAAGAACGAGCUGAGGAAACAACAGUCAGACUUCCUCAUCUUCCGGGCCCUGGAGAUUAACACAGUCACCUGUCAGCUGAACUGCUCUGAGCACGGGCGCUGUGACUCCUUCACCAAGCGCUGCGUGUGUGACCCGUUCUGGAUGGAGAACUUCCUCAGGGUGCAGAUGGGGGACGGCGAGAGCAACUGCGAGUGGAGUGUGCUGUAUGUGAUCAUUGCAUCUUUUGUCAUCGUGGUUGCCUUCGGGAUCUUGUCGUGGAUGGUGAUCUGCUGCUGCAAGAGACGGAAAGGAAAAUCCAAAAGAAAAAGCAAAUACAAGAUUUUGGAUGCAACGGAUCAAGAAAGCCUGGAGUUAAAACCAAAUCCCAAAGCAGGUGGCAGACAGAAAGCCCAAGUCCUCAACACGAGUCUGAUGCACUCAGAGUCCGAGCUGGACAGUGAUGAAGCCAUCUUCACGUGGCCUGACCGGGAAAAAGGGAAACUGCUCCGCAGCCAGAACGGCUCCUUGCGCAACGGACAGCUGACCCUCAAAGCCAAGAACCAGAGGGAGGAAAUCCUAUAGCUCCCCUUGGGCAGCCUUGGCUGGAGCUCAGCAGGGAAGGCCAAUCCCGUCCCUGUCCUACCAGGGCCCUUGGAGGCCACUUUGAUUAGGACAACGCUGCUAACUCGUUUCACAGAAAAUAACUUUGGUUUUGUGGGUUUCUUUUCAUUCAGUUAAAACUGGUUGUACUUGAAUUUGAACUUCAAGGGAAAUCAAAGGGAGGAGAAGGCAACUGUGAACCCCAGGAGAAGAGUCAGAAAAGGAUGGAGCUGGCAUCUGGAGAGGGCAGGACAGAACCACUUGGAGCAACUGUGAAUGUGCAGGACCUUCCUAAGCCACCUCAGACUGCCAUGGGGGGAGCACCUGUGGACUUCCAGCUCACUUGCCUUGAGAAGGAAAGUCAAGUCCUUGAGCUUUGCUCUGAGCUCCCUUCAGGCUCCCAUAGCCUACCACAGGCUACUUGUGCUGUCCAACAGCUUUCUUCUCCUUUACUCCCACCUUCCCUAAUGGUUUGAGCACUAUUUUAAUGUAGACUUGUCCUUUCACAUGCACUUGGCUGCUGUUGGGUUCUAGAGGAGGGGGAAUGUAAACAUUCUGGCAGUUUGCAGGUAGGAGAGGGUUUUGUGGCUGUUCCAAAUCACUGCUGCUCUCGUGGGCAGUGCUGGGACUUGGUGCCUGUUCAUGUGUGAAAAGCUGACCUGUGGUUACUGCCCAGGCUGGGAGACCCCCUCCUGCAGCAAAGUCCUGCUUGGUGCCAGAGCUGGGGGGACACACACCCACCUUUGGUACCUGUGUCCAAUGUCUGGCUUCAUUCCAAAGCUGUGACAUGUUCUGUGGCCCCAGCACCUUCUGUUGGUCACCAGGCCGUCCAUGAGGCUGGACGUCAUCCAUAUCUCAGUUAUGGAACACUAUGUACUGUGGUUUUUUGGUUUGGGUUUUUUUUUUUCCCCUUAAAAUUUGCACACCCCAGGUAACGGGGAUUGGUCUCUGCAGUCCCCAGCUGGCUGCUCCCUCAGGCUGGCAGCUCACUGGCCUUGUGCUGUUGUGGCUGCAGAGCCCUGUGUGCUCCUGUCACAGUGUCAAGAGCACACGUGGUGUCCUUUUGUGGUGGAAAAGGGAACUCUGGGUACCCAGGGGUGGUGGGCAGUGCCAGCAGCACGUGGCACAGCAUGUCACUGUCCCUUCUGCCUGAGCUCAAGGGCAGCCAGGGGGUCCUUUCCCAUUCCCACUCCCUUAUCUCACUGUGCUGCUGUCGUGAGUUGCACCCUGUCCUCGGGCAGAGCUCAGCCUCGUGCUGGCAUGAAGGAUGCCACUGCUUCUCUGGGGAUGGGUGGGCAGUUCAUUGCCUUUCUUUGUGUUUAAUUUAAAAACUGGAAACUGGUUUCAUUGGCUUUUUUUUUCUUCUUAUUGAGCUAUGAAAGCCAAAAGGCUUUAAGUUCCUCAGUUGUAUUUAUAUUGCUGCACUACUGAUUUGUGUUGAGCUAGAUGAAGAUUAAACACUAUUGAACGUGAGGGGGUGUUCCCUCACUGAAUGUA